UCUCCUCACCGGGCGGACGCGUGGGUCCUAGUUCUGGGGUUCCGCGGUUCCGCCACCGAGCAGCAGUUAGUCUCACUGCUGUGCGGGCCUGCGGGCCUCGCGUUCCUUGCCUGCCGCCCGGACGCCUCGGCGGGGCCUUCGGCGCAGCCAUGGUGGUGCUGCACGUGAAGAGAGGCGACGAGAGCCAGUUCUUGCUGCAGGCGCCCGGGAGCACCGAGCUGGAGGAGCUCACGGCUCAGGUGACCCGCGUCUACAACGGGCGGCUGAAGGUGCAGCGGCUCUGCACAGAGGUGGAGGAGCUGGCAGCGCACGGCGUGUUUCUUCCCCCCAAUAUGCAAGGGCUGACUGACGAGCAGAUUCAGGAGCUGAAGCUGAAGGACGAGUGGGGCGAGAAGUGUGUGCCCAGUGGGGGUUCUGUGUUCCAGAAGGACGACAUCGGCCGGAGGAACGGACAAGCUCCAAAUGAGAAGAUGAAGCAGGUUUUAAAGAAGACGAUAGAAGAAGCCAAAGCCACGGUAUCUAAGAAACAAGUGGAAGCUGGAGUCUUUGUUACCAUGGAGAUGGUGAAAGAUGCCCUGGACCAGCUUCGAGGUGCAGUGAUGAUCGUCUACCCCAUGGGGCUGCCACCGUACGAUCCCAUCCGGAUGGAAUUUGAGAAUAAAGAAGAUCUGUCGGGAACUCAGGCAGCACUGGAAGUCAUUCAGGAGUCGGAGGCGCAGCUGUGGUGGGCGGCCAAGGAGCUGAGACGAACGAAGAAGCUUUCCGACUACGUGGGGAAAAAUGAGAAAACCAAAAUCAUCGUCAAGAUCCAGCAGAGGGGGCAGGGUGCGCCAGCCCGGGAGCCGAUUAUCAGCAGUGAGGAGCAGAAGCAGCUGAUGCUGUUCUACCAUAGAAGACAGGAGGAACUCAAGAAACUGGAAGAAAAUGACGAUGACUCCUGUUUAAACUCUCCAUGGGCUGAUAACACUGCGCUGAAAAGACAUUUUCAUGGGGUAAAAGACAUAAAAUGGAGACCCAGAUAACCAGCCCCCUUCCCUGGGAAAAUAAUUAUAGUGCUAUAAAAGACAUGGACGUUUCUAUUUCCCAGUUCCUUUUAGUUUGGAUUUUUGAAAUAAGUCAUUCAUCGUUUAGAACUUAAUAAAUACAUACUCAAAAGAAAA